UAUAAAGGAGCCUACAAGCCCGCACUAGCCAGAGCUGGAUAUAUUCCGAGCGCUGCCAUGGCUUUGCGGGCCGACUGUCUGGACGAGUUACCGGCCGCCUGCCUGUCGCCGAGCGGGCCGCCCAACCUAGCCGAGCUGUACAGCGAGGAGCAGCGCCUGGCUCUCGAGGAGCUGGUGGCAGGCGGCCCCGAAGCCUUCACCGCCUUCCUGCGACGCGAGCGCCUCAGCCGCUUCCUGAACCCAGACGAGGUGCGCACCAUCCUGCGCUCGGCCGAGCGGCCCGGCGAGGAGGGCGCGGCGGCGGGGGCCGAGGACUCCUUUGGCUCAUCGCACGACUGCUCGUCCGGCACCUACUUCCCCGAGCAGUCGGACCUGGAACCGCCGCUGCUGGAGCUCGGCUGGCCCGCCUUCUAUCAGGGUGCCUAUCGUGGGGCCACGCGCGUCGAGGCGCACUUCCAGCCCCGCGGCGUGGGCGCCGGUGGCCCCUAUGGUUGCAAGGACGCGCUGCGCCAGCAGCUCCGCUUGGCGAGAGAGGUGAUUGCAGUGGUGAUGGAUGUUUUCACCGACAUCGACAUCUUCCGAGACCUGCAGGAGAUCUCUCGGAAACAGGGAGUUGCUGUCUACAUCCUUCUGGACCAGGCUCUGCUCUCUCAGUUUUUGGAUAUGUGCAUGGAUCUGAAGGUUCAUCCUGAGCAGGAAAAGCUGAUGACAGUUCGGACGAUUACAGGAAAUAUUUACUACGCAAGAUCAGGAACUAAAAUUAUUGGGAAGGUUCAUGAAAAGUUCACACUGAUUGAUGGCAUCCGUGUGGCCACAGGCUCCUACAGUUUCACCUGGACAGAUGGCAAAUUAAACAGCAGCAACUUGGUCAUUCUGUCUGGCCAAGUGGUCGAACACUUUGACCUGGAGUUCCGGAUCCUGUACGCACAGUCAGAGCCCAUCAGCGCCAAACUCCUGUCCAACUUCCAGAUCAGCGGCAAGUUUGACCACCUCAUUGACCAGAAACCACCGUCCAAGGAGCUCACGCUGGGCAACCUGCUGCGGCUGCGGCUGGCCAGGCUCUCGAGCACCCCCAGGAAGGCCGAGCCGGGGUGCAAGGAGGACCGGGCAGAGGCCAGGCGUGGGGAUGCCGAGUCCUCCACCAUCAGUGAGGACGACUACUUCAGCAGCCACAGGGACAGGCCAGACAGCAGGAGGGCGACCGAUGCCGCCACGCAGACGGAGCCAGGCGAGGGGACGCCAGCAGCGAGCACGAGUGACACGGGGACCCAAGCCAGCGCAGCCACAGCUUGUGCUGGCACCCAGACCACGGUUGACACCAGGGUGGCGAGCUCCCAAACUGCGGUCCGGUCCACGUCGGCCACGACCCAGACCGACACGGAGGAGGGUGCCCUCUUCUCGCAGGGAGCCCCGUCCAAAGAAGGGUCGCCGGUGUCGAAGAUGUCUGUGUCGGGGUCCUCCAGCUCGCGGUCUUCCUCCUCCUCGCUGUCGUCCCAAGGCUCCGUGGGCAGCUCCGGCAGCCCCCCGGCUUCCCUCAGAGCCACGGACCUCGUCACGCCGGGACACCCCAAGUACUGGAGCACCCCCCACUUGGAUCUGUGCUUUAGAGACUCGUUCAGAAACUUAAACAAAGAGCGGCAGUUCCACUUGGCUGGGAUCAGGUCCCGACUCAACCACAUGCUGGCCAUGCUUUCAAGGAGAACCUUCCUCACGGAAAACUACCUCAGUUUUAAUUCUGGGGUUUUCGUCCGAGCCUCCACUAACCUGGUGGCCGUGAGAGAUAUCACACUUUAUCCCUCCCAUCAGUGACGGCCCUGUGCCUUCGGAGCUGCCGCCGUCACCCAGGCUCGCCCUAGACACUGUCAGAGCAAGGAUGCUUAGCGGCAUCUCUCCUGUCCUAAUUGCCUUUCUUUUACCCUGAUUUUCUUUGAGUGCUCUUAGUUUAUGUGCUUUAUCUUUAUUUUGUUCUUAGCAUGUAUAAGCCAGGUACUGGUUUUGUGGGUGAAACACUAUGGAUACAGGUUUUUUUGUUUGUUUGCUUGCUUUCUUUCUUUUUUUGCCAUGCCUGCAGCAAGUGGAAGUUCCUGGGCCAGGGACUGAACCCACGCCACAGCAGCCACCCAAAAGAUGGCAGUGGCAAUGCUGGAUCAUUAACCACUAGGCCACCAGGCACACCCAUCCCGAUUUUCUUUGAAUUCUAUGCACUGCACGUUAUUUUAUGUGCUUUAUUUUUAUUUUAUCAUGUGUAAGCCAGGUAUUGGUUUUAUGGUUUAAACACUAAUGGGUACCGUUUCUUUGCACAAUUUGAAUCUUGAUAUCUCUUCAAGAGAAUGUUUUAGGGUUCUCAGGUAAUUCAGGUAAGAGAUAAAAUAUGCGUUGCAUUUUUCUAGAUUUUUGUGCACUCCUGCGUUAGAGGUUUGAAUCACUAAUUUUCAUGAUCAAAAUCCUGUUUAGAAAAAACCGAAAACUCUAUUUCUUUUUAUUAUUAUUAUUUUUAUUUUUAGGGCUGCACUUGUGGCACAUGGAAGUUCCCAGGCUAGGGGUCAAAUUGGAGCUAUAGCUGCCAGCCUACACCACAGCCAUAGCAAGGCCAGCUCCCAGCUACGUCUGUGAGCUACUCCAUGGCUCACAGCAAUGCCAGAUCCUUAACCCCCUGAGCAAGGCCGGGAUUGAACCUGCAUCCUCAUGGAUACUAGUCAGGUGUGUGACCACUGAGCCACAAUGGGAACUCCAAAACUCUGUUUCUUAAUUAUCUGUCUCUUCUUUAGAAUAUCUGUGUUCUUAGCAUUUAGUUCUUAAAUAAAGAACUCUUGUUUGGUG